CCACCAUCAUCACUGCCUGUCCAUCACGCGGUGGAGUCCCAGGCGGGAGCCAAUUGCGCGUGGUUCUCCGUGUGUCCAGGUGACGCGUGCGAGCGCGCAGGUCAUCGCCGGGCUAUAUAAGCAACAAGCCCCGCGGGCUACGGGAGCCUGGUCGUCUCGCCUCGGGGACUUUGACCACGCGUGCCGCUCAUCGCACGCAGCACAUUGCAAACGCGCGCGUUCUCUGACCAGUUAUCUCUGUUUUACGAUUCAUCCAAGAGCCCCGCACACGACGCAAGUCGUUCGCGGAGCAGGCGAAGCGUUAAAGCCAUGAGCUCGCUAAGCGCCAGCUACGUCCAGCACAUCGGGUCAAGCCACAGCCAGCACCAGCGCAGGAGGUGCCUCGUCAAUCGCUCGUACGGCGCGGGUGGCGGCUGGUGUCCCUCCCUGCAGGGGCCCCGCACCCCGGUCGCCUUCGUGCCCCACGGAGGGACCUCCCGGGUGCGCUCGUGGGGGGUCCCUCCGGCCCCGCCACCGGGGAUCGACCGCGGGGUGCUGCCCGUGCGCUUCCAGGAGAAGGAGCAGAUCAAGAAGGUCAACGACCGCUUCGUCAGAUUCAUCGAGAAGGUGGGCAUCCUGGAGCAGCAGAACAAAGUGCUGGAGGUGCAGUGGCUGCUCCUGCAGGAUCGUGGAGCCAGGGGCUCCAAGGUUGAGGCGAGCGUGUUCUUCCAGAGCCAGAUCCACGGUCUCCAGCGGCAGCUCGACACUCUGGAGCGCGACAAACAGCGGCGGCAGGGAGAGCUGCGGCUCACGCAGGGCCUCGUCGAGGACUUCAAGAACAAGUACGAGGAAGACAAAUCGAUCCGCAACAAGGCAGAGAACGAGUUUGUUGCGGUGAAACAGGAUUUCGACGACUCUUGCUUAGUGAAAGCUGAGCUGGAGGCUAGACUGGAAGGACUGAAAGAUGAGAUCAACUUUCUCAGAGGAAUUUUUGAAAAGGAGCUGCGUGACCUGGAGACGCAAAUCAAGGACACCUUGGUGUCUGCGGGGGUGGACACUAGCCGCAGCAUUGACGUGCAAGGGAUGAUCUCUGAUGUCCACGCUCAGUACGAAUUGAUUGCUGCCAAGAGCCAGGCCGAAGCCAAUGAAUUCUACAGGAAGAAGUACGACCUUCUCAGCCUCUCGGCCGAUCCGACCGACCAGGAGAUCCGCAGCAACAGGAACGAAAUGAACAAUCUGCACCGUCAGAUCCAGCGCGUGAGAGGUGAAAGCGACGCUCUGAAGAAGCAGCGCGCCAGCCUGCAGGCUGCCAUCGCAGGGGCCGUGGAUCGAGGCGGGCUCAGCGUCUGCGAGGCGAAGGAGAGAAUCGCCCGCCUGGAGGAGGAGCUGCACAAGGACAAGCAGCAGAAGGUGCAGCGCGUGCGCGAGUACCAGGAGCUCAUGAACGUCAAGCUGGCUCUGGACAUCGAGAUCGCCACCUACGGCAGGCUGCUUGAGGGAGAGGAAUCCAGACUCGGGUGUGUCACAUCGCAGAAGCAGCAUUUCAGCCUCGGCUUUGGGAGUGACCUUGUCAACAAAGGUCACCACGGCAGUUCCCAUGCCACGACGAAUUUCGACAAGGCGAUUAACUUGUACAAGCCUCCCAACAAAACAGUGGAGAUCAGAACCACCGAGACCAGGAAUGGUCGAAUUCUUUACGAAAGUUCAGAGUUCAUCCAUGAGGUUAUUGACUUUCCAGGGGACGCUGCUGUUGUGUGACAGUUAGCAAAGUGGACUUACAUUUCUGAGGUCGACAGUUCCUUCUCCCGGCGCGGAAGUUUAAUUUUUUUUUGCCAAAUUUAGUUGAACCUCUGUCCACCCAGCAGUAUAAAUGGGCACCACAGUCAUAAUGAGAAUCUGGAUCUGUAUUUAUCCUCGAGAAAUCCGAUAAGCUAUGAAGCUCUUUUUCACAAAUGCCCAGUCAGAAAGCUACAGCAACAAACAAUAGACGAAACGAUCGGAGUGCAAAAUAAAUCACAAAAAAAAGUAAAAUAGAUCAAGUAUAUGAAGUUCAAAUUGCCUAUGUGCACCAAUUCCCAAGCUUGGGAAAGGCAGCAAAGCAACAGCAAAAACAGUCCCAGACCGAACCAAGACAACACACACAGUCCUUCAAUGAGUCGAUCGGUCGGUCGCGUGUGCUGGGGUUGAAGUGUGGCCAGCUUGGAAGAAAGGGACGAAUACCUUCUAAUUGAUCACGGCUCUCGAGAGCUCCCUUUUUCGUGGAAACCCAUCUGACAGCAGUUGUUGCGAGCAAGCAAUUGCAGGGCUGCCCCUUUAUGUUUAAUGACACCCUCAUAUCGAGGGAGAGUGAGCGAUAUAAUGCACGCAUUAUCUCGGCAAGUGCGUUCUUGCAACGCAACUGAUAUAAAUGUUUCAGUAAAGUAUGUUUUUACAAGUGAAGUACAAUCAACUGUAUCGUUUUGUAGUGUACAUAUAUUUACUUUGUUUCGGGUGAAUGUAAUGUAUUUUCAUUAUAUUAGGACAAUCCCAUUUACAUGUUCUUUGGUUCUUUCGGUAAAGUCACGUAGAAUGAGAAUAAAUUAAUAAAAUAACACAAUAAAAUUCUCACUUUACAUGUGUUUAUCUUUUCCUGUCAAUUGUGUGCCUAUCUGCAUUUGGAAGUCGAAACGCUUGCAAUAUAAAGUUUACGUUAUAACGA